UAUGAUUCCUAUAUAACAUUGAUUGAUAAAAAUAUAUUGCAAACAAAAAAUGAGUUAAAAUAUGAAAGAAUAUUAACAGAGGGUAACACAGAAGAAAAAAAGCAAACUAACACUGAAGGAUGCCUAAAAGAUCGUCCAUUAGAUAAUGAAAAAAAAAAAGGUAAAAAUCCGGUUCAAUACAAGGAUCCGUACGAUCAAUGGAAUAAGGUCAUUAUUCCAGAAAUGUGGAAGCGAUUUGAUCAAGAAACAAGUGGAAUGGACUCUAAAUGGAAAGACAAAAAAUGGAAUGUUGAAAUUAAUAAAAUUACAGCUGCGAAUGCUAAAGAUCUAUAUUUAAUUCCUCGUCGAUGUGAUAUUUCAGAUGAAGAAAAAAGCAAAAAAAUUGAUAGUAUUAUGAAAGAAAUUGACUCAGAAUUUGAGAAAUUUUUAUCUAAAUGUAAGGAAGAGAUGGGAGACAAUAAAACAGAAUCCGAAUAUAAGAAAGAUCAGGGAAAAAAUGAAAAAAAAAAUAAUAAAUUAAAUAUUUUGAAAUUUCUUUUUUGUAGGUUUGAUAGCCAUUAA